AUGCCAGCCAAGCCUGUCUUGCCUCCUCUCAAGACACCCAAAACAAUGACGUUCCCUUCUGAGCUUCAUGAGAGCCCUCUUACUUCUGCACCUUUCACUGCUGGGUCUGAUUUCAUCAAGCGUGAAGAGGGUAGCUCGACGCCAAUCACUCCACCUCAGGCUUAUACCGAGUUUCUAAAAGCUCUCACGCCGGUCUUCACCAGUCCUGUGAGCGCCGGCGUUGAGUUUCCAAAUUUCAAAUUCGAGAAGCGACGCCCCUCCCCGAUAUCUGUACCGUCAAGCGCAACAAGCACGGUUUUCUCUACUCGUGACAGUCUCUCCGCCCGCGAUAGUCCCAAAGUCACCAGCGCCACCCUCCCCCCGCCCUCCCCCGCCCUAAGUCCACAGUCCGCCAGGCUCCCCACAACUCUACGACGUCUACGAAUUCCACACACUUGCAUGUAUUCACCCGUGACGGAAUCACCGGGGAGCGCACGGACAAUCCGGUCUCCAUAUUCCCCCUCAGAUUGGAAGAUCCGGUACAUCGAGACACCAAGGAGCGCGGGCGGGAAAUCCGUUAGCGUGCGACAAGUUGUGACUAGGACUGUUACAUACAAGCGGACACAUUUGGAUCCUCCCCCAAGAGGAAAGCGCCGCAAGACAAGUGAAAGCCAAGAUAUUUAA